AUUGCCAACAUCUAUUUACAAACAUUUGAUUCAGAACAUCCAUUUACAAAUACUUCAGUAUCGAUCUACUCUGUAUAUGAAUUCAGUGGCGUAGCGAGCCUAAUAAUUUGGGGGCUCCGAACGGUAAAAUUGUGCUGUGGAAGCACAGCUGCCACUCAAGCCAGUGUGCAUGCCACCUCUACCCUGGUCCGAUCUCGAUUUUGUGAAUCACUGUAUUGUCCUCAGUAGUUUUCCACUAUCGUCUGUCAAUCUUCCUUGUCGUUGACGGUCAAAAGGGAAAAUGGAGACCAAAUCAGCUGGAAAUCAAUCUUUCGUUGCGGGCGACGUGGUGAUUUCUUGCGAUCCGAUGGUGUGGAUGCUGAGAAGGAGCGCCUACAAAACACGCUGUGCCUACUGCUUUCGGGAAAGCCCAGAAUUACGCACAUGUUCUGGAUGCCACUUGCACCGCUACUGUAACUCUGUUUGCCAGGUCGCCGACUGGAAGGUGGAACACAAGCUGGAAUGCGCUAUGCUGAAGGCGCUCGUUAGCACAGAUCCGAUGGAUACAGUGGAGGCCUUAACACCGGGCUUGCGAAGGGGCUCCGGGGCAGCGGCCCCGCCAGGGCCACCAUCUACCCCUCCCGUAGACCUUAUUUCUUUCAGUGUCGUCUCUUCUGAUCUGACCGGGAAGUUGAGUAAUAAAAUUGAGAAGAAUGCGAAGAUCGACAUGCCGGGAAUGGGACUCAAAUCAAUCAAAGAUAUUCUGCCCCUACUCCCCACAAAUCCCUUCCAACCGCGAGCCGAACGGAUAGUGCAAGUCACGCAACCGACUAUGGAUACGAAAAAUUCCACAACAUUCGGCACUCCUAGCAGCGACGUAAUGACUUAUUGUGGAAUGCUCAUGUAUAACGGGGUGGACCUGUACGAUUUGUCGACUACUACCGAACCGAUCGGCAGAGCUGUGUAUGCGCAAGCACCGGUGGGACGGAUGACGCCGGUGUGCAUGGAUAUCAAUGUGGAGCUACACCGCCGCGAGCGUCGGAUGGUUAUAUAUGCCGUGGAAGACAUUCCGCAGUAUACUGGCCUUCGAGAUUUGCGUUACAGCGACAUGGAAGAUGCAUUCUGCCUGACACGAGUCGAGCGACGCGCCGAAUUUGAGAGACGUCACCGCUUUCCAUGUACUUGUCGCAAAUGCACGGAAGAAUAUGAUGCGGACAUCAAUCCGUUGCAGUGCGUGACGGUGGGAUGCAGCAGUCGAAUUCCGAGCGACAACCGCGCACUGGCACCUUGCGUGGAAUGCGGUGCCCUCAACGGUGACCGGUUGGUGCAGUUUCGCGGGUUCUUACAGCAGCACAAGAGCAUUAAGACAAACCACCCGCGGGAGCAACACGAGGCCAUGGUCAUGCAGCUCGGCAAGGAGUUGGACGCUGCCGGCAUUCUGCAGCCCGAUGCGCAUUUCCGGUAUAUCUGCGGCUGGGAAUUAGCGCAGCAGUACUACAAGGAAUACCGCUUCGAAGAGGGCUGGAAGAUGAUGCAGGAGUUUGUCGCCUGUAUCCGGAACGUUUGUCCAAAGUAUGCUGAUAUCCGCGGCUCUCUGCUGGUGUCCGCUGCGCUAUCUACCGCCGAUGCGCUGGAAAAACGAGUUCGGCAUUGUAUUAGCAAGCUGUCGAGACCGGCGAAGCAAGAGCUGGAGACGCUGGCGCGUCACGUGUGCUGCUGCAUCCUGGAUUUUGGUAAAGAAGCGAAGGAUAUUUUUGAUUUGUUGUUCGGUAAGGAUAAAGGGGUUGCCCGCACAACCGAUGUUGUGUUGGGGCACGUGGCUUCGACGGUGUGCCGCAUUAAACAGUAUUUUCCCGAUAACAAGUAGCCUGCGGAUUUUUUCUGCUUUCUGUUUUGCUGAAACCAGUCCAUCGCUAGCAUUUUCUGCCUUCUAAUUGGUGUUCAUUACUUUACUUAUUUGAGCUUUGGCGCAAAAGCAGCCAGUUUUCGCUAACCAAAUUCCUUUGUAUGCAUGGAAACAAU